AUGGUCCUGCUACCCAGGGGGGCCCCCAGGGGGGCCCCCGGGGGCCCCCUUGUGGGGCCGCUCUUGGAGCCCCUCGGGGGGCCCCUCAUAAGGCCCCUCGGGGGGCCCCACAGGGGGCCCCACUGGGGGCCCCACGGCAGGCCCGUCUUAGGGCCCCUCAAGGGGCCCCUCAGGGGGCCCCUUAGGGGGCCCCUGCUGCAGCAGUUGUUACAAGUUGAGAGCCGGCAGCAACUCAGCACCGCUUCUGCUAUUCGAUUUGUUGAGAAGCAAACGGAGACAGUAAAGGGCCCACCUGCUGCUGCUGCUGCUGCUGCUGCUGUUUCUGGGGCGUUGACUGUGCCAGCAGCAGCAGCAGAGGGAGCAGCAGGGAAUGACGCAGCAGCAGCAGCAGCAGCAGCAGCUGGGGAGUAUGUGGCUUCUAUGUCCCCCUUCGUCCUUACCCGCAGCAUCAUCCGAGCAGCAAGGAACAAGCAGCAAGACAAGGCGUUGUGGGCUGCGUUUGCUCGGCGUGCUGCUGCUGUUGCAGCAGCAAUCCCUGGUGAAGAUUUAUGUCUUUUAUUGUCUCUCUUUGGGGGUAUAGGUCUCCGCUAUACUCCGCUGCUUGAAGCAGCAGCAGCAGCACUGCUGCCGCAGCUGCAGCAGCUAUCUGCUGCUGCAGUUUGCAGAGCUAUUCAGGCGUAUGGGCAGCUGCUGUGUGUACACCCCGUGCUGCUGCAGCAGCUGCAGCAGCAAGCAGCACGUAAUGCAGCAGCAAUGACAGCAAACCAAGUAGCCUACACUUUUUCUUCACUUGUUCGUUUGGGGUGUAUGCCUAUUUCUCUUUUUAAUGUAUUAAGACAAGAAUUAAUAAUAAGAAGAGACAGGCUGUCUCCUGGGGGGCUUGUAAUGUCUCUUCAUGCUGCGGCUGCGCUGCAGCUGCAAGAUGCUAAGCUUCUUGCUGCUCUUUCUGCUGCUCUCUGCCGCUUAGUUGGGGGCCUCAACCCCAAGGGCCUCGCUUUAGCAGCAAACGCGCUGUAUAGGCUGCGAGUAAACAAUCAGUUCGUGCUGCAGCUGGUUGCUGCUGCAGCGCAGCGCUUGCUGCAGCAGCAGCAGCAGCAGCAGAAGCACAAGCACAAAUACGCGCAGCAGCACCAGCAGCAACAACGCAUGCAACCUAGAGAUCUAGCAAUGCUGCUGCAUGCUGCUGUUGCUGCUGAGGCAGCAUCUCCUGCCUUCGUCAAAGCAGCAGCAGCAGCAGCAGCAAAACGCAUGCAAACCUUCGAUCUGCAUGCUCUCUGUCUCGUUGCUGCUGCCCUCACCAAAUACUUCCGCCAGCAGCAGCAGCAGCAGCAGCAGCGACGCCGGCAGCAGCAGCGCCGCCAGCAGCAACAGCAGCAACUGCAACAGCACCAGGACCAGGACCAGGAGCAGGAGCAGCAGGAGCAGCAGGAGCAGCAGCAGCAGCAGGAGCAGCAGCAGCGAGAAGAAGAGAAGGGCCUAACUAAAGAAGAGUUGUUUAAAGUCUUGGAGGCAGCAGCAGAGAGAGCCGGCAGCUUAGCAGCAGAGAUGCAGCCUUUGUCUCUUUGCUGUCUCCUCAACUCGUUUGCUUCUGUGGGCUUUCGUUACGGGCCUCUGCUGUUUCACGUCCCUAAGCACGUAGCUUAUUGCUGCGAUGCAGCAGCAGCAGCAGCACCAGCAGCAGAAGAAGAAGCAGCAGCAGCAGCAGCAGCAGCAGGAAUUCCACCUGCUGCUGCAGCAGAUCAGGCGCGCUACACCGCAUGCAUGCUGGCGAUUGUUUUGAGGGCAUUCAAACGCCUUCAAUUAAAUGCUUCCGCUCUGCUGCCCUAUGCCUUUGCUGCGCUGCCACAGCUGCAGCAGCAGCAGCAGCAGCAACAGCAGCAGCAGCAGCAGCAAGAGGCGGCGUCCCCUGGUGCUGCAGAUGGGCAGGCAGAGCUGGAAGCUGCUGCAGAGAGGAGAGGAGACGCAGCAGCAUUAGCAACAACAGCAGCAACAACAGCAGCAACAACAGCAGCAACCGCAGCAGCAGCAGCAACAGCAAAAAACGCGGCACCUCCUCCCCUGCUGCAUUCUUUGGUGUGGAUCCUCGAAAGUGCAGCAGCAAACUCCUUUGUUGAUAGGAAGGGCUUGUCUCUGGUGUACGCACAUCUCGCCCUCAGGGCCUCAGAGCUGCCAGCGCAUGCAGUUGUUAAAGUCUGGCAGUGUGUCUCUCGCUUGGGUGUCUGUACACCUGAACUGCUUGCUGCGCUGCAGCAGCAAAUGCUCAGGCCACAGAGGCGCCUUUGCUUCUCGCAGCAGCAGCUGCAGCGCAUGCAUAUCUCUUUGCUGGAACUGGGGCUGUCUCCUCUUGAGUUUGGGCUGUUGAGGGUCCCUUGGGGGCUUCUUGCUGCCUGGCAGCAGGAGCAGCAGCAAGUGCUGCUGACGGAGCAGCAGCUGCUGCAGCACAAAGACCUGCACGAAGCCUCCCCGGUGUAUGUACACCUCACGCUGCAGCAGCAGCAACUGCUCGCAGCAGGAGACAGCGCGCUUCUGAGAGCAGCAGCAGCAGAGGAAGCAGCAGAAAAGGCUUCAAGGGCUGCUGACUUUAAGGGGGUUUUCAUAGCAGCAAACCCUCAGCAGCAGCAGGUAGACAGCCACAGCUGA